GAAAACUCAUAUACGUUGUUGAGGGGAAAAGAAGUAUCAGAUGUAGCCACUGAAAAAUCAUGUGAGGGAUCAAAUUCAUUUAUCAAUUUAAAUUUACUUUACUGUUUCUAAAAAUAUAUUUUUAUUACUUCAUAAUUUUCUUUAAGAUGUUUUUAGAAUAUAAUUGUGACAGAAAUUGUUUAAUUAUGGCUAACUGAAUUUGGUGAGCUUCAUUUAUCUCAUACCAAUCUGAAUCUGAAUUAGACUUUACUAAUGUGAAUGGUGUCAUUUAGGACAUUAAUUGAAAUUAAUCUCUUACAUUUAAAACAUUUCCUCUAUUAUUUUAAAUUAUCUAUAAGUAUAAGGAUUAAAAUCUGAAACAUAGGAGCCAGAAUGAUCAAUUCAUUGAUCGUGGACCCUCAAAAUAAAGAAGAAGAAGAGAGAAGAAGAAGAGAGAUGAAGAAAAUAUUGUGUUGUAACUUUCAUUUUUUAAUUUUUACCCAACAUGAUAAUUUGUAAUUCUUAAAUUUAAAUAUUUUAAAUGGGGAAGUUUUCUGAAAUAUAUUUUUUGAAAUUUUCAAUGUUUAAGUUAAUUAGAAUGAGCAAUAAAACUACUGUUGCAUUCUUCCAGAUACACUCAUACACACAUAGUAAUAUGAACUUUGAAGUUUAGUCCUACAUGUAAUUUUGUAGUCUUUUACUCAAGGACAGGUAUGGAGAUGGAAGCAAAGAUAACAAAAAUGAUGACGAUGAAAUUUGCCAUUCUAGAGGAAGAUUUAUUUUCACUCAAAAAGACAACAGAACAAGUACAAGAAAAACAAGAAAAUGUUGAUAGGAGAUUAAAAGAUGUCUCAUCUCAAGAGGAAAAUGUUAACAAACAAUUUGAAUCUUUUGAUAAAUCAAAUUUGAAUUUUACGAAUCAAAUCCAAAAAUCAGUUACAGAACUUGAGAAAAAAAGCAAAAAAAUGUUCACAAAUUUUCAUAAUUUAUAUGAAACUGUAGACAAUUUUAAUGGCAAAUUAAAUAGUUUAGAAG